UUAUCACCAACCUAUCUUAAUAACCUAACUAUGAAGUAUACUAUUACACAUGUAUUAUUGUUGCUUGGUUGCAUGGCAGCCAUUGGAGCCUCAAUGGUAGAGAACAACCCACCAAGUGAUCCAUAUGAACAACAGAAAGCUGAGGACUACUUGUUGUUCUCCUACGCAUCCUAUUGUGAUGCCAAAGAGAUUGAAGAUUGGUCAUGCAAGAGAUGCAAGUCUGACUUCCCCCAUGGCUCAGUAGACAACCCAAUCGUUAUCUUUGAGAACAGCACAGACACUCAAGCAUUCGUUGCAACAUACAACAAUACAGUGUUCAUUGCCUUUAGAGGAUCGAUGGAUAUUGAAAACUGGAUCACCAACUUGAAGUUCUUCCAGACAGCCUAUCCAAAGGUGGCUGGUGCAGAGGUACAUCUUGGAUUUUAUGAAGCUUACAUGGGUGUUCAGAGCAAGGUCUACGACGCCCUCACCACAACAAUUAAGAAUUGUCCAACAUGCACAAGCAUCGUGGUAACUGGUCACUCACUUGGUGGUGCUUUGGCAACACUAUGUAUGGCUGAUGUUGUUGAAUGGUUCCCAGAGAUCCCAACAGAAUCGAUCACUUUCGGAUCACCAAGAGUAGGAAAUGAUGUCUUCUCUACCUAUUACAACUCCAUCCAACCAAAUACCUGGCGUGUAGUCAACAUGAAGGACAUCGUGCCCCAUGUUCCCCCACAAGGACCACUGCCCGAGUAUCACCACGUUCCCAAUGAGUUGUGGUACAAGAAGCAUCCGACUGGACCCUACAUCAUCUGUAACGAUAGUGGCGAGGACAAGUCGUGUUCUGAUUCCACAUUGGUAGUGGAGCGCAACAUAUGGGAUCAUCUUCAUUACUUUGAUAAGCUAUGCUGUUGC